AUGACGGGUUGUUGUAUUUUGGGAUGCAACAAUAGGAGCGAAGAAGGAUAUUAUAUGAAGCGCUUUCCAGUGGACCCAACAAUGAAAAGAAUAUGGUUAGAAAAUAUUGGGAGAAAAAACUGGGAACCCAAACAAUAUUCAGCUGUUUGUGAAGUCCAUUUCAGUAAAGAAAUGUGGGAGAAAACUCGACAGGAUGGGAAAAAAAAAUUGAAGAUACAGGCAGUGCCAACAAUUUUACUUGAAUAUCCUGUUAAGCAUCCUGAAGCAACAUCCCCAACAUCCAAUAUAACAGUUGCAAAUAUUGAUGAGUCAUUAGUGCCAAUUUUACCUGAGCAUCUCAAUGAGCAUCCUGAAGUAACAUCUCCAACAUCCAAUAUAUCAUCAUUGGAGUAUGCUCUUGCAGAAAUAAAAACAUUGAAACAAAAACUUCAAAAUAAAGACGCAGAAGUAAAUAACUUACAAGAAAGAUUAGAGAAAGCCAAUAAAAUUCUUUGUACAGUUGACAGAUCAAAUAAGACUCUUGUGAAGCGUAUAAAAAGACUUAGUAUGAAAAGAAUACGAAUUGAAAAAAGUGUAUUACAAUCAAAAGAAUUACUGAAAACAGGUUUCAACAACGAUCAAAUUCAGUGGCUACAAUUACAAUCACAAUCUAGCAAAAGAUGUGUGUCCUCUUGGUCUAAAGAAACCAUUAAAAAAGCUCUUCAAAUAAAAUUUUCUUGUACUAAUAGCGGCUAUAAUGAGCUCAUUAAACAAAAAAUUCCCUUACCAUCAACACGUUCUCUAAGACAGAGUCUUGAAGGUAUCGACUUCACUCCUGGAAUAUUAAAUAAUAUUUUUAAUGCCAUGAAGAAUAAAGUACAACAAUUUGAAGAUCAGAGGCAAUUGACGGGUACUUUACUGAGGCUACAAUUGACGCGCAUGCGCGAAAAACCCGGCCCGACUAACAACACUGCAAGGAGGCAGAGGCCUGAGGCCCUAGCGGAAGCUUUGGAUCGAAAGGCCGGGACUCCCGCUUCCUUCCGAUCUCAAAGAGCCGAGCUCGCUCUGUCGAGGGUACAGGUAUCUCAAAAUGCUUCAGGAUAA